CGUAAUCUCAUUCGACCACUUUCGUCAAUGAUUCAAUGAUUCACAUCUUCGCAAAGUUUUCAAGAAUUCAAUAAUUAUAAAACUCAAAAUUUUCAAACUCUGAGAUUGAAUGAUCCACAUCUUUGCAAGAAAAAAGGAAAUACAAAUUAAAGGGGAAUUAGUCCUCCUUCUUCUCCAGCUUGUCGCUCGGACUCCGACUCCGAGUCUUAACAACUCGGGGAGGCUCUGAGCUGAGUUGGGGGCUUGUGUGUCAGUGGUGGUGGUGGUUGUGUUUUAAUGGAUCAACCACCGCACUCGCCGCCGGCAACUUCGUCUGAGGUUUCUGUUGUCGUCGAUUCUGCCACCAAUGAUCAUCGUCUCAAUCGCCCUCGCAUUGGUAAUGGAGAUACAGACAACGACAAGGGGAAAAGUAGAUGGGGGAAUCUGCUAGUUGCCUACAGGACGCUGGGAGUGGUGUUUGGAGGGCUUGUUACAUCCCCACUGUAUGUAUACCCUUCAAUGCAUCUCAAGUCUCCCACAGAAGCUGACUAUUUGGGUAUCUACAGCAUCAUGUUCUGGACUCUCACUCUCAUUGGGGUUGUCAAGUAUGCCAGCAUUGCUCUCAAUGCCGACGAUCAUGGCGAAGGUGGAACUUUUGCCCUAUAUUCAUUACUUUGCAGGCAUAUGAAUAUUGGAAUCCUUAAUUCAAAGCCUGCAAGUUCAAACUCAAGUCUUUCACGCUCUAUCUUGGAUGACGGCAUAGAAAACCAGAGUGGGCUUGCCAAGUUUUUCAAGAAAAGUGUAGUUGCCAGAAGGAUGUUGCUUUUUAUUGCCAUGUUAGGCACAUGUAUGGUUAUUGGCGAUGGUAUUCUUACACCUGCAAUUUCUGUUUUAUCAGCAAUGGAUGGAGUGAGGGCGCCUUUUCCAUCUCUCAGUUCAUCUCUGGUCGAAGCACUUUCGGCAGGAGUCCUUAUCAUUCUGUUCUUGUUACAAAAGUUUGGUACAUCUCGAGUGAGCUUCCUAUUUUCCCCAAUUAUGGGUACAUGGACUUUGGUUACGCCGCUCAUGGGAAUUUAUAGCAUCAUACGUCAUUAUCCCGGCAUAUUUAAGGCUAUAUCACCACACUUUAUCUUCCAUUUCUUUCAAAGAAAUGGCAAGGAAGGCUGGCUGUUGCUUGGUGGCACUGUCCUUUGCAUCACAGGCUCCGAAGCAUUGUUUGCAGAUCUUGGUCAUUUCAACAGAAGCUCUAUUCAGAUGGCUUUCCUGUUUACAAUCUAUCCGUCUUUGAUUCUGACAUAUGCGGGGCAGACAGCAUACCUGAUCAGGAAUCCAAAUGAUCAUGAUGAUGGAUUCUAUAAGUUUAUACCAAAAAGUAUCUACUGGCCUAUCUUUGUCAUAUCCACAUUGGCUGCGAUAGUUGCAAGCCAGUCUCUGAUAUCAGCCACCUUUUCUGUAAUUAAGCAAUCUGUAGUGCUUGAUUAUUUCCCUCGGGUGAAGGUUGUGCACACAUCCACUAACAAAGAAGGCGAGGUUUACUCCCCCGAAGUCAACUACAUCCUCAUGGUUCUCUGCGUUGCUGUCAUACUUAUAUUCGGAGAUGGAAAAGAAAUUGGAAAUGCAUUUGGUGUUGUUGUCAGUCUAGUCAUGCUCAUCACUACAAUAUUGCUGACACUGGUAAUGAUCAUAAUAUGGAGAACACCACCGGUAUUGGUUGCUCUUUACUUCUGUGUAUUCUUCGUGAUGGAAGGUGUUUACGUGAGUGCAGUCUUCACAAAGAUCGCGGAAGGUGGAUGGAUUCCGUUUGCCAUAUCCUUUAUACUCGCCUUCAUUAUGUUUGGUUGGUUCUAUGGGAGACAGAGAAAGCUAGAAUAUGAGUUGGCUCAUAAGAUAACCUUAGACAGACUUGAACAGCUAUUAUCUGAUCCCAGUGUUCAAAGGGUUCCCGGAUUGUGCUUCUUUUACACCAACAUUCAAGACGGGCUCACUCCGAUUCUUGGACACUACAUUAAAAACAUGAAAUCCCUUCACCAGGUCACUAUGUUCACUACUCUUCGAUACCUUUUGGUUCCGAAGGUUUACCCCCAUGAGAGGAUUGUUAUCAGUGAACUCGGCCUGAAAGGAGUUUAUGGGUGCGUUAUUCAGUAUGGCUAUGCAGAUGCCCUAAACCUCGAAGGAGACGAUUUUGUUAGUCAAUUAACUAAUAGCUUGCAGGCACAUAUACAGAACACCUCAGGCCGUUUCCCAUCUGAUCCUUCAGAGGUCCGAGAACAGAUAUCUAAUUUGGAAGCAGCGAGGAGUGCUGGCGUACUUCACGUUCGAGGGAAAACAAGGUUUUAUGUUGGAAAUAACUGCUGCUGGUUCGAUAAAAUUAUGCUACCAUUUUAUGAAGUUCUGCACAGCAACUGUCGGUCCUCUCUGCCUGCUCUCGGGGUGCCUCUGCCUCAACGUAUCGAGGUUGGAAUGCUUUACGAGGCUUGAUGGAAGGUUAUAUUUUGGUUCUCACGAGUAGAAUGUUGAAACAAAUUAAUUUUCUAGAUGUGAUAGCAGAAGUUUCAUGUAUAAGAUUGAACUUCUGCAAAAUUAUUAUAGACGUAAGUGUAGUUCUUCAUCUAAUCCCUCCGUUGGGGGAGCGAAUCGACAAAAUUUGCAAACUUUAGUUA